AUGAAUAGGCCUACAAUCUGUACCGAUUUACAGGGAGAGAAGGAUCGACUCGCUAGGCAUUGUCAUAAAAAGCCCGUCUUUUUAUUAAUUAGAAUAUUUUCCAAGACUGGAACGAGUGAAAGUGUGUAGAAAUAGGGAAACAUGUUUCCUUCAAAGUACCUAUAUUUACUUCUACUAACAAACACGUUAUAUCAGCUUGUGGCAAGUGAAGAUGUUUUUGAAGUUAUCAAUGAGGGCAAAAUUUUAGGGAAGCGUAUUAAUGUUUUCAAUAAAUCCGUCGAUGCAUUUCUCGGCAUACCGUACGCUGAGCCGCCGGUAAAUGAUGGUCGAUUUAGGCCCCCAGUAGCAAGACUGCCAUGGUUAAAAACAUUGAAUGCAACGGAUUACGGGUUUGGAUGUAUGCAGCUUCCUGACCUGACGUACCCAGACUUCGAGGGAACCCUAAUGUGGAACCCAAAUGUGGAACUUGACGAAGACUGUUUAAAUUUAAAUGUUUGGGUUCCAUAUCCGAGACCAAUUAAUGCUGCUGUAAUGGUGUGGAUCUACGGCGGAAGCUUUUACAGUGGUGUUGCAUCACUUGAUGUUUAUGAUGGCAAAACGCUUGCUGCUGAAGAAAACAUCAUUGUUGUGUCUAUGAACUAUCGUUUAGGAGCACUUGGAUUUUUAGCAAUGGGCGAUGAAGCACCAGGAAAUGCGGGCUUGCUUGACCAAGCUCUUGCACUUCGGUGGGUGCAAGACAACAUCGCUCGAUUUGGUGGAGAUCCAGAUGAAGUGACGUUGUUUUCUGAGAGUGCUGGCUCUGCUAGUGUGAAUUUCCACCUAUUCUCACCUGUUAGUCGCAACCUAUUUAAAAGAGCUAUUAUGCAGAGCGCAUCGGCCUUGUCUCCGUGGGCAUAUUAUACUAAAGAGGAAGGUACACGGAGGGGAAAGAUGCUGGCCGAUGGAUUAGACUGCACUAUGAGUACAAGUGGACAGCCUUUCGAUGUUGAUGAAAUGGUGCAAUGUAUGCGGGCACGAGACGCAGUAGAUAUCCUAGAUCAAAUGUGGAUUACUCAAGGAGAGUUCCUGAAUUUUGCUUUCGUUCCCGUUAUUGACGGAGAGUUUAUUACCGAGGCCCCUCAGGAAACUAUUAACAAAAAGUCAUUUAAAUCGCGUGAUAUAAUUAUUGGCAGUAACACGAAUGAAGCUAAUUUUUUUGUUAUUUAUGAAGUUCCGGGAUUUAGUCUUGACACCGACAGUUUAUUAGACAAGACACAGUUCCGCAAGGCCAUUGAAUAUUGCUUUAAACCUUUCAAUGAGUUUACUCAUGAUGCCAUUCAAUUUCAGUACACUGAUUGGUUAGAACCUGACAACCAAGCCAAACUUCGUGAUGGCAUUGACCAAUCAGCAGGUGACUAUUGGUUUGUCUGUCCCACGUUUCAGCUAGCGAAAGCAUACGCUAGUUUGGGCCAAACUGUGUACUAUUAUCGGUUCACACAGAGAGCAUCAAAUAGUCCAUUUCCGGAGUGGAUGGGAGUGCUACAUGGUGACGAAAUUGCAUAUUUUUUUGGAAUACCACUUCACCCAGAAAAUGGAUUUAGUGAAGUAGACAAGAAAUUAAGUAGACAGAUGAUGACUUAUUAUGCCAACUUUGCAAGAACAGGAAUUUGGUUUUACAAGUUCUGUGUGAGUGAAUUGACAUGCAAUGCCAGUUUGUUGGCCGUUGAUGGCGGUACGCCUGAGCAGAUCUCUGGUGGAUCUUACUCGAAAUCGAUCACUAAUAUAGAUGAAAUUGAGGUGCAGUGGAAAUCAGAAUUUAACGAAUGGAGUACUAAGAGUAUGGUGGAUUGGAAAGCGGAGUUCGAUGAAUAUGUUAACAAUAAAAACAGAGUUUGUGAAGAUUCCUAA